AUGUUACCUAUCAUUUAUAGUCCUGUAACAAAGUACAUAGCAUCAUGGGGUGGAAUGGAGCAAGGAAGAUGUGGCGAAUUUUACAUGGACUUCAUGAGGUGUGCCAGCAGAGUGGGUGGCCCGAGAGCUAUGAACGUUGACUGCGUCAAGGAACUUGCUGACUUUAACGAAUGUGCGACAGGCCUCAAACAGGCUAAGCGCUACCGUAUUAUCAAGAAAGAGAGAGAACGGCAGAACAGACCUUACAUAGAACCACUAGUAGAGGACGUACUGCGAGCAGGAACUUCCUAA